AUGCAGUUCUCCGUCCUCUCUCUCAUCUUCGCCAGCGUCGCCGCCGCUCAGAACGUGGCCACUCUCUACUCCGAGCCCAACUUCCAGGGCUCCACCUUUGACAUCAGCGGCACUGACGAUGCUCUUGGCGCCUGCAACCCCGUCACUGGAUUCCCCAUCGUCCAGUCCAUCAAGAUCAAGGCCGGCCACGCCUGUGAUCUCUACAACACUGCCGCCUGCGACAUUCCCUAUGCCGCUUACAGCGCCGACACCGCCGAGACCAUCAUCUUCGGCGCCUUCUCCGCCUACUCGUGCGCCGUCGCCAUCCCCGGUGGCCCUUUCGGCGGCAACUAA